AUGGCGCACGCACGCGAACAGCCAAGCCUCGCUAGCUCGGAUACCGACCAAGGAAGCACUCAAGCCGAGGACGUUGAUGCGAUGAAACGUAUGGAGCGGAUGAUGCAGGAGAUCGCGUCCCUCCGUCGGGAUGUCGAUAGACACGGUUCCGAGAUGGCAUCGUUGCGUUGGGAUUUGAAUACCAACAAGGCCAGGAACAAGAAUUUGCAGUCGCAGCUACGUAACAUUUUCGUGGUAACGAAUUCGCAGAAACUGGCCCCAAUGUACAAUAUCUUCACCGGUCUCGAGAUUGCCGGUUGUCCCGAGAACUUGCUGGAUUUGGAGGAAUGCAGCGAUUUAAAAGCCAGCAGGAUGUUGCGAGAGCUGGGGGAGCCUGCUCCAGAUGGGCUAGAGGAGAAGAGGAAGCGUUUAAUUUCCGCGUUUGGGGUUCAGUUUAGACUGCUUUGA